CAACAAGAAUUCAAUUAAAAAAAAAAAAAAACCCACAAAGAAAAGGUCUUUAAGUCUCCCCUCUUAGCUACUUCUGUACUUCAUAGUCCUCCCUCUCUUUUUACCAUUUCCAUGCACUCCUCUAUUUAUAUCCCCUUGAAUCUCUGGUCCUUGACAUUCAUAUCUCACUCGUAUCAUAGACCAUGGAUUGGUUUUCUUGGCUCUCAACAACUGGCCUUGAGCCAUCCCUUGUGUAUGAGUAUGGCCUCGCUUUUUCCCACAAUGAGCUUGAAGAAGAAGAUUUAGCUUACUUCAACCAUGAAUUUCUCCAAAGCAUGGGCAUAUCAAUAGCUAAACACAGGUUGGAAAUUCUCAAGCUUGCUAGGAAGGAGAAAGGAGGAAUUCCAAAACCAGUGUCAAGGGUUCUGUUGGCAAUCAAGAGAACAAAAAGGAGCUUAGCUAAGUAUAUCAGGACAUUGGUUCGCAGGGAAGAGGCAGCUCUUGUUGUCGUCAAUCCAAGGAGUAGGUCAGGAUAUGCUCAUAAAUGGAAAGGUGCAAUGUUGAAGAGAAACAAGAAGCUGAUGAUGGCUACGCAAGGGAGACUGCUGCUCACAAAUGGGACUCCUCUAGUGGUUUCAGGGCCUGCUAGAGUUGAGAGCUUUUCAAGUCCUGUGGUUUUUGACUGCCAGGAGGAGGGGAAAAUGGAUGGUGAUGAAGAUGGAUAUUGGUCAACAGCUGUUGAAGGGAUCAGGUGGGAUACAAUGUUCCAGGAUUUGAAACCAACUUGAAGGUUGUUUUCAUUUGCUUUUGUUUCUUAAUCUAUUUUUUCAUCAUGAACAUUUCUCCUUAUGUCAAAUUUGACUGGUGAGAGAUGAGUUUUUUUUGUUUCUUCCACUAGAAUUGUGUGUGUGUGUGU